AUGCUUCAAUCUGGUAUAACAAAAUCUGUACUAGAAGUAGUUGAACAACUUCGUGAAUCCGCUGAACAUAUUGUUGCUGCAUUACGUGAUGCAUUAAAACAAAAUAAAAUUGAUAUUUGGCAAAUGACUUCUAACAGUGUUGAUAAUACCAAUACAAAUUACGGUCGACACCAUUCAGUAUUUAUUGAUGUUGAAUCACAUGUAGCUCAAUUAUACAGUCAUUUUAGUUCAUCAUCAUCAUCAUCAAAACGAGUUGCAAAUCUCAAAGAAUAUUUACAAUUAACAUUCAAAGAUAUAAAUUCUUAUCGUGAAUUAUUGUUUGUUCAAAUUGAAAAGUAUCUUGCUGAUCAUGAUAUUAAAGAAACAAAUAAUCAAUAA